AUGGAGGGGUGGCUUUCAAAAAGGGAGGCGGGGGCGUGACGGACAAAGGCUGCGACGGCCGGAGGUGGAGGCGGCAGGCCAGAGGACCCUGAGGGAUGCCCAAAAAGUUCCAAGGGGAGAACACCAAGUCGGCAGCCGCCCGGGCAAGGAAGGCGGAGGCCAAGGCAGCAGCUGAUGCCAAGAAGCAGAAAGAGCUGGAGGAUGCCUUAUGGAAAGACGAGGACAAACACGUCAUGAGGAAGGAGCAGAGGAAGGAAGAGCGCGAGAAACGGCGCCUGGAACAGGUGGAGCGCAAGAAGGAGCUGCAGCGCCUCCUGGAAGAAGAGGAUGCCAAGUUGAAGGGGAAGACGCCCAAGCCUCUGCCCCCGGGCAAAGUCACCCGCGCGCAGAUUGACGAAGCACUCCGGAAAGAGCAGCAGAAGGAGAACGGGGAACCCGGAGAGAAACUGAAGAGUCACCUUGAGAUGCCCUUGGAAGAGAACAUCAACCGCAGGGUCCUGGAGGAAGGCGCUGUAGAGGCACGGACCAUUGAGGAUGCCAUUGCGGUGCUCAGCGUUGCCGAUGACCUGGACCGCCACCCUGAGCGCCGGAUGAAGGCCGCCUUCACGGCUUUCGAGGAAGUCCAGCUGCCGCGGCUGAAGCAGGAAAACCCCAACAUGCGCCUCUCGCAGCUGAAGCAGCUCCUCAAGAAAGAGUGGAUGAAGUCGCCCGAGAACCCCAUGAACCAGCGGCACAUGGCUUACAACACCCAGAAAUGAGACUGGUGAAGCCCCCCAUGUGUGGGUGUGGGAAGCGGUGCAGGGAGAAAGAGAGAGAGAAACCACCACCUUUUCCCACCCCCCAACACUGAACAGCCUUUCAAGAACAGCCAAGGCCACGGUGGUUCCCUCCAAGCUCCGCUCUACGGAUUUAAAAAAAGGUGCAACUAAUAUCCCCCCUUGCUUCCGUUGACUUCCCCUGUUGGACUCGAAAACCUCCCCCCUCCCCAGACACACCCCUUAAAUUUGGGUUUCCUGAUCUCCUGCGGAAGCAGGUUCAAAUUGGCUCCGAAACUUUUCCUGCGGGGCCAGAUGGGAUUGCCCCGGGUACCUAACCUUCUUUCUCUCUCUUGGGACGGUGUCGUCUUCACCUGCCUCUUUGUGCUUUGGAUGGGGGGCAGGCGGGGAGAGACUCAGGCGUAGCAAAAAUCUGUGCCACCCCCUUCCCUUCCUAACCAACACUUUUCUCUGCCAGGUCGUGUCUCAAGACGGGAGCUAGUUUAGUUUAGAGGUCCUUAAGUCUUCCAAGAUUGGGUUGUGGGUCAGUGGGGCAGGUGUGAAAGCCCUUCCAGGUGAAACAACAAAGAAAUGCCACCCCCCAGCAUUGCAGAAACAAGAAAAAGCGAGGGCAGAUCACUUUGCCAUGCUAGCUUUCUGGGUGCAGGGAAGCCAUGCAAAAUUAAAGUAGCCACCUUUGGGAGAGGAGUUCUUCCUUAGCCUUCCAGUUUUCCAAACUGGCCUUUUACUCUGUUUGUGGAGGGUGGUUUGGUGCAAUCCUGCAAGCUUCUACUCGCGACCCAAAGUAGGGUGCCCCCUUCUGUAAGGAGGAGGCCAAGGCUGUCCCUUGCCAGGACUCUCUGCCCCCACUUAGUUCUUGCUCUGCUGCUUGUUUAUUGAGUGCCUGCAUCCCUCCAGAUACUGCUGCACUCCAUCUCUUGCCACUGUCGUCCCUGACCAUUGACCCUGCUGGCUGCUGGGGGUCCAGUGGUGUCUGGAAGGCCGCAAAUGUCCCUCCAUCUCCGAUUCAUCUGGUAGCACUUCAUUGUCAGCAAUAUGCUUCUUCUUCGGUGUGAUCGGCGCCCAUCUCUUGACUCCAGGGGCAUGCCCAGGAUCAAAACU